AUGGGUCGAAUGCACAAUCCUGGCAAAGGUAUUUCUCAGUCGGCGUUGCCUUAUCGUCGAUCGGUGCCAACUUGGCUGAAGCUUACAAGUGAGGAAGUUCAGGAGCAAAUCACUCGUCUUGCCAAAAAGGGUUUGCGUCCCUCACAGAUUGGCGUAAUACUACGUGAUUCACAUGGUGUUGCCCAAGUUCGACGUGUUACCGGUAACAAGAUUGUACGCAUACUCAAAGCUAAAGGUAUGGCUCCUGAGAUCCCUGAAGAUUUGUACCAUCUAAUUAAAAAAGCAGUUAAUAUUCGCAAGCAUUUAGAGCGGAAUCGCAAGGAUAAGGAUUCAAAAUAUAGACUGAUUCUCGUCGAAUCACGUAUCCAUCGCUUGGCUCGGUAUUAUAAAAUGAAGCGCCAAUUGCCAGCAACAUGGAAAUAUGAGUCAUCGACGGCGUCAGCGCUUGUGUCAUAA